AAGUUUUUAUAUUAAUGGAUUUCUUUUUCUUCUUGUUUGAUUUCUGGGUUAUGUUCAAAUAUUUCAAAAUUCAAAAAAGGAAAAUGUCUUGAAAAAGACGUUUUCAAUCAUUGAAAUUUCAAAAUAUAAUUUUGGACAGAGUCAGGAGUUAAUAACCGUUCUACUUUGAGGGAAAAAACAAGUUGAAAUCAACAAAAUCCACUUUGAUUUUACUGUUUCUCGGAAUGAUUUUGCUUUGAAGACUAUAAUUUUAAAAUUCGGCCUUACCACGAAUUCCUUUCACUUCGGAAAUUUUCUAGGAUUCCCGAAAAACAAUCACAAAAUCCGAUCGCGGUGACAAUUUGUAUGAAAUUUUCCAUUACGAACGGAUUCCGUGAUUGAAUUCGUGAUAAUGCCGAUUAUAAGAGUUUUAUCAAUAUUGAAUCAACGUUGAACAUAUUACGUUUUACAUUGCGUUUUUGACCCCACGAAAUAUUAGAGUGCAAUAGGGGCGACAAAAGGUCGCCUUUCGAGUUUUAUAGGAAUUUUUCUCGGGUAAAAUCAAUCAUUAAAAGAACCCGGAUCACUAUUAAAUCAACAUUUUUUGUUGGUAGUGACAAGUAGAAUAUAUAUAUCACGGUAAAAUAACAAUGAUAUCUAGUUAAAAACACAUUUUCAUCAACUUUUAGAACUAUAUAUCGUCGGCCUCAUAAGAAAACCUCGUAACUCCAAAAAUCAAAAUUUUACAGGAGAGACGAAAGAGUAAACAAACAACAGAGUAGUUGGCAAGAAACGCUCUGUGGAAAAUUUGAAUUGAAGUCUAUUUAGAGUUUUCGGAAUGACCCCAAAUUUUCUGGGUUGCUCCGCUGACAUAUUUUCUAAAGAAUGACAUUCAAAAGUCAUUUUUGAAAAAAAGUGGAGUUACGAGGUUUUCUUUCUAUAAACGAGGUUUUAUAUAAACGGUAGGUACCUAUAAAAUGUCGCUUUUCUAAUUUUACUACCCGAUUUGAAUGCAUGAGUUAUUAUGAAUGUAUGUACAUAGUUUUAAAUUAAAAACCAACUUAUAAAGGUGAUUAAAAUUGUGUGUCUCUAUUUAUGAUUUUAUUUUGAACGAACAAAAAAUAUAUUCAAAUAACAACACUGCAUUUUUGUUUGCGUGCAUUAAAGUAACGUGCUGUCGUCCUGCAUAACAGGCUCUAUACGAAAAUCGUACCCCGUAUCCAUAUUACUGCAUAGUGUGAGGGGCGAGGGAAAAAAUAUAUGAAUUUCCACUUAUAGGCUUGUCUAUAGAGGUGCAGGCACUUUAAUAAUACUGAAGUGAAAUUCUCGAAGAUUUCAGGAAGGACGAGAACGAGUAUACAUAUAAUAUAAAGCUCUAGCUGCAACCAAGGAGAUCCUUGGUUUGAAAGAGCAUACAUAAGGCACAACACCUACCACCCAAUUCUCAUUCACACACACACAACAUGAUAUCAGCCAGGAAGAAAAUACAAGUGUUUGGUUUUUUUUUGUUUUGAGAGUAUUUGUUUUAUUUUCUAUUGUUUUUUGUCCCAAUUUUGUGUUUGUAAAGUGCAAAGCACAUUGCAAUUAAGAAGAAGAAAAGCAGAGCCAAAAAAAAAUAAGGAAGAAGAAGAAAUUAGUGGGUGUAAUAAAGAGUGAGAAAAGGAAGAGAGAAAAAAAAUAUAUAUAAUAUAUAUAUACGUAUAUAAAAUAUAUAAACUGUAUGUGAAUGUGGUUCAGUGUUGAGAAGAAUCCUUUAGCAAGUGGAAAAGUGAACGAAGAAGUAGUGGUCGUCGAAUUCGAUUGCACCAAGUGGGGGUGCUGAAACUGGGAUGAAUGCCAGACAUCUAGAGUCAUCUUUAUCCCAAUUGGAUACAAAUUGUCGUGAUUUGCCGAACGGUUUCGAAGAAAACCUGCAGUUACAGAUUUAACUGGACUUUGCCUUAUCUUUUUCUUUAAAACAAACCUAAACGAAUAAAAUAGUUAAAAAUAAUUCAGCAAUAAAUUUUUGCGGAACCAACAGGGUUCUGCCGAUUCAAAUUACUCACAACCGUCAUCCGAUCUGUCGCUAGACGAGGAAAAGGAAUCGCUUCGGCGAGAAAAGGAACGACAGGCCUUAAGCCAGCUGGAUAAAGCAAGGAGUAAACCCGUUGCGUUCGCUGUGCGAACAAACGUUUCAUACGAUGGCACCCAAGACGACGAUUCGCCCGUCCAAGGGAGUGCGGUGUCAUUCGAUGUUAGGGAAUUUCUUCACAUCAAAGAAAAAUAUGACAAUAACUGGUGGAUUGGCAGAUUGGUCAAAGAAGGCUGUGAUGUGGGAUUUAUACCCAGCCCCGUUAAGCUAGAACAUAUUCGAAUGCAGCAGACAUCGGCGGCUAGAUCUUCAAGACUGUAUGCGACAAAAGGUUCCUCUAGUGGGAACUUAGGUGGUUCAGGAGUACCAGGUGCGGAGCCAUCACGAGGUAGCACACCCCCUACACCUGGCGACGAAUCAGAUUCCAUGGGACCAUCACGCCACGGCAAAACACCUUUGGCCACACCACCUACCAAGGAGAAGCGCAAACCGUUCUUCAAGAAGCAAGAGACAUCCUCACCUUAUGACGUUGUGCCAUCGAUGCGUCCUGUUGUGCUAGUGGGUCCAAGCCUCAAAGGCUACGAAGUAACGGAUAUGAUGCAAAAGGCUCUGUUCGAUUUUCUCAAGCACCGAUUUGAAGGCAAAAUUAUAAUAACACGUGUUAUGGCGGAUAUUUCAUUAGCAAAACGUUCCAUAAUGAAUAAUCCGUCAAAACGUGCCAUUAUGGAGCGAUCCAGCAGUCGAUCCGAUUGCCUAUCCAAAGUACAAGAGGAGAUCGAAAGGAUAUUUGAAUUGGCAAGAACUCUUCAGUUAGUCGUACUCGAUUGUGAUACAAUUAAUCAUCCGUCACAAUUAGCAAAAACUUCUCUAGCUCCAACAAUAGUUUAUUUAAAAAUUAGUAGUAGUAAGGUUUUACAGCGAUUAAUCAAAUCACGUGGCAAAUCCCAGGCGAAAAAUUUAUCGGUACAAAUGGUCGCCGCUGAAAAACUAGCCCAAUGUCCACCGGAAAUGUUCGAUGUUAUUUUAGAUGAAAACCAAUUAGAAGAUGCCUGUGAACAUAUUGCUGAGUAUUUAGAUACGUAUUGGAAAGCAACACAUCCCGAUAUCAGAACGGCUCCUUCGAUACCAAGACCAUUGCAAUCUCAGGAAGCAUCACCAUCGGCGGAACAAGCACGAAUGGGUCCAACACCACCUGCUGAAAGUAGGGAAAAGGAUGCUAAUCAGGAUAAUAAAAUUCCAGAAGAAAAAUAUAAUGAAAGAGAAACAAACAGAGAAAGAGACAAGGAAAGAGACACAGACAGAAACAUUGAUAGAGAAAGAGAAAGAGACAGGGAAAGAGCAAGAGAAAGGGACAGAGAAUGGGAAAGAGAGAGAGAAAGAGAAUGGGAGAGGGAAAGAGAUAUAGAUUGGGAAAGGGAUCGAGGUGUUUCCUAUCAUCAUAAUCGACGUCAACCAUCUACACGACACGAGAGGGAACGUGAUCGUGAUCGCGAUCGCUACGAUCGAGAACGGGAACGAGAUCGAUAUGAUCGUGAUCGUUUCGAUCGCGUAGAUCGAAUAGAUCGAGAACGUGAACGUGAUCGUCUACAUGCCCGCGAACGUGAUCUCAUGCAUUACGAUCUAAAUAGCGAAGAGCUUCUUGAUGAACGAAGUUAUGGUGCUGAUUAUACUAGAGGAGCUGGAGCCAGAGAAAUGAGUGGUGCUGUAAGCCAUCAUCAUCUAACAUCUUCCACAUCAGGUAUGCAUCAUAGUCGCAGUGGUGGUGGACGUGUUGACGAUAUCGAUUUGAUGCAUGAUCGCGAUGAUCGUCGAUACCCGUCAUCGUCCCGUGACAGAGAUCGAGGAGACGCAUCACUACCCCCACCAUCCUCAAGUCGACGCGAUCGUGACGAAUAUAGUCCACACAGAGGCGGUGGGAGUAGUAGGAGAGUACUUAAUGCCAUGUAGGAAUCGUGGAUAUAGGGGUGGGAUCAGAUCGAUUAUAAUGAUGUGCAAACAAAUAACCAUGAUGAAAGUAAUUGUAUCGAUAUUGAUCAUGAUCAUGAUAUUGUUCAAAAUUCUAUCAACAAUCAUGACGAUCCUAAGGAUUGUCACACUGAGAAGACGAAUGUUGUCGAUGUCAGCCUCGAUAGAUUUUAUUAAGGAGAUUUAUUGACAGAAAACAACAUCCAAGAUAUCUAUUUCAUUUUAUUUUAUUUUUGAAUUUUAUGUCCUUUUUUUAAUUUAAGCUUUUGAAUUAUAUUUAAUUAAAUAUAAAAAAAAGAAAAACUAUAAAAUACAAAAGCAAAGAUCCCUUAGCCUUAUUAAAUUGCGAUAUUAAUACAUGCAGAAAUAUGUAUUUUCGAAAAAUAAAAUAAUACUUGCAUUUUUUCCUCUCUAGCAAAUAAUUAUAAAAAUUAAAAAAAAGUAAAAAAUGAUUUCUAUAUUUUAUUUUAGUAACAUAUGUAACGUAUAUGAAAUAAUUUCUACAAGUGCCAAACUAACAAAAACAAAAACCAAAAUAAAAACAUAAUAUUUAAUUUUGAUUUUAGUUAAUAUCUUUUUUAUACAUUGAAUAAUAAUACGUAUAUACGCUAAGAGGAGCCUAAUGUGUCUUAAAUUCUAUAAAUAAAUUUAAAUAAAAAUUAAAUAAAAUGCAUGUGAAAUAUUAUCUUGAUCAGUUAUAUAUCUAAGUGUCAGCUUUAAAAAUAAAAAAAAAAAACAUUUUUUUAUGAAUACAAAUAUAUUUAUUAAACAAAAAAAAAAAAGAACCUAAAAAAGUAUAUGUGUAAAUAUAUAAUAAAGAAUUAUAAUAUUAUUAAGUAUGGUCGAGAUAAUAUUCCAGCAGAAGCAUACGCUAGAUCAAAACAAAAAUUUUAACAAAGAAAUAAUCUUUAGUAAAUCUCCUUAAUUGAAUCUAUGAGAUAAAAAGUUUUAUAAAUAGUUAGCAAAUGGAACCAAAAAAAUUAUUUUAAUUAUACUUUACUAAUAAAUAAUGGCUUACAAAAUAUUUCAUAUAAUUUUCCUAUUGAAACUUGGCACAAACCCGUAACCGGAAAGCAUUUUUCUUCUCCAUUUAUUUUACCUAGUAUUAAAAAAAAAAUUAGCUUAUACAAAAAUUUAAAAAAAUAUCUCCAAUUGACGCAAGUAUUUAUUUAUAUUUUUGCUUGCACUAU